AAAUCCUCAUUGCAAUGAGUGAGCUGAGCUAUAGGAAGGAAUUCUCAUUUCAGCACCAAGGGCAGCAGCAACUACAGGCACACAGAGACAGGGGGCUUCAACCACAGACACACACAGACAGGGGGCUUCAACUACAGACACAGAAAGACAGGGGGCUUCAACCACAGGCACACAGAGACAGGGGGCUUCAACCACAGGCACACAGAGACAGGGGGCUUCAACCACAGACACACAGAGACAGGGGGCUUCAACCACAGGCACACAGAGACAGGGGGCUUCAACCAUAGACACACAGAGACAGGGGGCUUAAACCACAGGCACACAGACAGGGGGCUUCAACCACAGACACAGUGGUCUUCAACCGCAGACACACAGAGACAGGGGGCUUAAACUACAGGCACACAGACAGGGGGCUUCAACCACAGACAAGUGGUCUUCACCAGGAGACAGGGGGCUUCAACCGCAGACAGGGGUCUUCAUCAGGACUCAGGUGACUUCAGUCAGAGACUGGGGGCUUCAACCAAAGGUAGCCGGCUUCAUCAGGGACAGAGACUUUAGAAGUAGACAGAUUCACCACCAAGAGUAAAGCUUCAACAGGAGUCAAGGGGGCUUCAUCAUUAGGAAGGGGGAUUACACAAGAGGAAGGGGUUUUAUUCAUACGAAGGGGAUCUUCAAGUAAAAUCCAUUCCAAGAGGAGUAUUUGAAUAUGCCCAUAAUAAGCUACUGAUCUAGCAGGGGUUGGAUGGACUCUGAGGAUCCAUAUCUCCUCUGAAUGACCUCCUCAGAGACCACCACUCAUUAAAUAACCCCAUCUGCCCUCUCACUCUAUGCCCAGAGGAAGGUUUACCUGCCUGUCAUUCUGAUCUCAGCUUCCCCCUGUUUGGAGCUGAGAGACCCCCUCAGGACAGGACGUUGGCGAAGUGUGGGCGCUCUCAAUCCAUGGACACGAUGAGCCUUCUCCUCCUAGCUGUCCUCUUCUUGUUCUCCUUUGCCCGGGCUGGAUGUGACCCCAAAAUAGUCAAUAUUGGGGCAGUUCUGAGCACCAAGAAGCAUGAGCAGAUCUUCAAGGAAGCGGUCAAUCAAGCCAAUAAAAGACAUGGGACUUGGAAAAUCCAACUCAAUGCCACCUCAGUCACCCACAGACAUAAUGCCAUCCAGAUGGCACUUUCAGUAUGUGAAGACCUCAUCUCCAGCCAGGUUUAUGCGAUAUUAGUCAGUCAUCCUUCAGCUCCAACCGACCACCUAACACCCACUCCGGUCUCAUACACGGCUGGCUUCUACCGGAUCCCUGUCAUUGGAUUGACCACGCGCAUGUCCAUCUAUUCGGAUAAGAGCAUUCACCUCUCGUUCCUGCGCACGGUCCCCCCAUACUCCCACCAGGCGUUGGUCUGGUUCGAAAUGAUGCGCUUGUUCCACUGGAAUCACGUGAUCCUCAUCGUCAGCGAUGAUCACGAGGGGCGGGCCGCCCAGAAAAGGCUCGAAACUCUCCUGGAAGAAAAGGAAUCGAAGACUAAAAAAAGGAACUAUGAAAACCUCGAACAACUUUCCUAUGACAACAAGCGUGGACCCAAGGCAGAAAAGGUACUUCACUUUGAUCCUGGGACCAAAAAUGUGACUGCACUUCUAUUAGAAGCAAAGGAGCUCGAGGCUCGAGUUAUCAUCCUGUCUGCGAGUGAGGACGAUGCUACAUCUGUCUACAAAUCAGCCGCCAUUCUGGAAAUGACGGGAUCCGGCUAUGUCUGGCUCGUGGGGGAGAGGGAGAUAUCUGGAACCGCCUUGAGAUAUGCCCCUGAUGGUGUUAUUGGGCUGCAGUUAAUAAAUGGGAAGAAUGAAUCUGCGCAUAUCAGUGACGCGGUGGCCGUGGCGGCCCAGGCGAUACAUGAACUGUUUGAGAAGGAGAACAUUACGGACCCGCCGCGGGGCUGCGUUGGAAACACUAAUAUCUGGAAGACUGGACCUCUCUUUAAAAGGGUGCUAAUGUCAUCCAAGUACCCCGAAGGAGUAACUGGGCGGGUGGAAUUCAAUGAGGAUGGAGACAGGAAAUUCGCCAAUUACAGCAUUAUGAACUUACAGAAUCGCAAACUGGUCCAGGUCGGGAUUUUCAACGGGAGUCAUAUUUUGCAGAAUGACCGUAAAAUAAUCUGGCCAGGAGGUGAAACAGAGAAACCGCAAGGCUAUCAAAUGUCGACUAGACUGAAGAUUGUUACCAUACACCAAGAACCAUUUGUGUAUGUGAAGCCCACAAUGUCUGAUGGCACUUGCAGAGAGGAAUAUGCUAUAAGUGGGGAUCUGAUUAAGAAAGUAUUUUGUAACGGGCCUAACGAGACCGUCCCAGGUAAGCCUGGUCGGCCCACGGUCCCACAAUGCUGCUAUGGCUUCUGUAUCGACCUGCUCAUUAAAUUAGCCAAAGAAAUGAACUUUACAUAUGAGGUGCAUCUAGUCGCUGACGGUAAAUUUGGGACUCAGGAGCGGGUCAAUAACAGCAACAAGAAAGAGUGGAACGGCAUGAUGGGAGAGUUACUGAGCGGACAGGCAGACAUGAUUGUGGCGCCACUAACCAUUAAUAACGAACGGGCACAAUACAUCGAAUUCUCCAAACCAUUUAAGUAUCAGGGACUCACCAUUCUUGUCAAGAAGGAAAUUCCAAGGAGCACGCUGGACUCAUUCAUGCAGCCGUUUCAGAGCACGCUGUGGCUUCUCGUUGGGUUGUCCGUCCAUGUAGUAGCCGUCAUGUUAUAUCUUUUAGAUCGAUUCAGUCCGUUUGGUCGUUUUAAAGUAAACACAGAGGAAGAAGAGGAAGACGCACUCACACUGUCCUCCGCAAUGUGGUUUUCAUGGGGUGUCCUACUGAACUCCGGCAUAGGAGAAGGGGCUCCGCGCAGUUUCUCUGCCAGAAUUCUGGGGAUGGUUUGGGCUGGAUUUGCUAUGAUCAUCGUAGCCUCCUACACUGCCAACCUGGCUGCCUUCCUGGUGUUGGACAGACCAGAGGAGAGGAUCACAGGGAUUAACGACCCUCGACUCCGAAAUCCCAGUGAUAAGUUUAUUUACGCCACCGUCAAGCAGAGCUCGGUGGAUAUUUACUUUCGAAGACAAGUGGAGCUCAGUACUAUGUAUCGACAUAUGGAGAAACACAAUUACGAGAGUGCGGCAGAGGCCAUUCAAGCUGUGCGUGACAAUAAGCUCCAUGCAUUUAUUUGGGAUUCCGCUGUCCUAGAGUUUGAAGCAUCACAGAAAUGUGACCUUGUUACCACGGGGGAAUUAUUCUUUCGCUCUGGAUUUGGAAUUGGAAUGAGAAAGGACAGUCCAUGGAAACAGAAUGUUUCCCUAAAUAUCCUCAAAUCCCAUGAGAAUGGCUUCAUGGAAGACCUAGAUAAGACCUGGGUCAGAUACCAGGAGUGUGAUUCUCGCAGCAAUGCCCCAGCAACACUUACCUUUGAGAACAUGGCAGGGGUCUUCAUGCUGGUGGCUGGAGGUAUUGUUGCAGGAAUCUUUUUGAUAUUUAUUGAGAUAGCAUAUAAGAGACACAAGGACGCACGCAGAAAGCAGAUGCAGCUUGCGUUUGCUGCGGUUAAUGUGUGGAGAAAGAACCUGCAGGAUAGAAAAAUUGGUAGAGCAGAACCUGACCCUAAAAAGAAAGCCUCUUUUAGGUCCAUCACCUCCACUUUGGCCUCCAGCUUCAAGAGACGUAGGUCCUGCAAAGACACGACAUUAAACUCUGCAGACUCCUGAACAGAAGCUGAAACCUCAUUCGAACGCGUUGGCCACAGUAUAUCCUCAUGCUUCCUCUCUGUGUAUUUGUAUUUUACAGCAAUAUCACCCAACUGAUAUCACUGGCCAGCUAAAUCUGUCCGACCCCUCUGUUAGCACUGUGGUGUAACAGCGAGAAGAUAAUGUCUGGCUUGAUUGGAUGGUUUAAAUAAGGACCUAAGACCAACGCAUUUCACAUUUUAUAACUGGUAAGAAUGUAGCCAGCCAGGACAUUGGGACUGCAUGACUGCAACACAUGUAACUCCCAUCACCGUGCACCGUACAGAGCCGGAGUGCUGGUUCAAACGAUGGAAAAUUGUGAAUGCUUUUUUUUAUUCCAACUGGUAAAUAACUAGUCCCCUAGCCCCCACCAUCCCCUAAGUACUGUAGACAGAUUUUGUUCCUGAGACAGGUACCAUCAUCACAUGCGUGGAAGAUUUGAAAAGGACUGAGGACAAGGAAAACUUUGGUAUAAUUGACUUAAUUUUUAACUCUCAAAUAAGGGUACAUUUGUACAGAAGGUUCUUCGAACUAAUAUAUAUAUAUACAUACAUAUAUAUUUUACAAGAGAAAUGGUUAUGAUAUCAGUUUGUGUGUUUGCAUGAAUGCUAUAUUUAUAUAUAAACCCAAUAAACUGUUUAAAA